GCGCCCCGACCGCAGUAGGUUCUUCGCAUACAAGACCACCCUUCCUUUGUCCUCUCCCUUCCACGUAUCUCUACGUACACCACACGCCAUGAAGCGAGCAGCAGACCCCGAGAUGACCCUCCCGUCUUCCCCUGCCGAAUCAUCCCAAUCGCCAACGCCUUCCACAUCCGAGCUCGCUGAUCCGCCUCGCAAACGCUCGCGCUCCGACAUCUCACCCGAUGAACGCAAGGAGGCUCGUGCACAUCGCAACCGCAUCGCUGCACAGAACUCGCGCGACCGGCGGAAAGCACAGUUCGUAUAUCUGGAGCGUCGUGUAGCUGAACUGGAAGAAGAGAACCGACAACUCCGUGCCGGUAUGGGGCUGACAGGCUUCUACCGCGCCGAGGAGGACAAGGUCGAAGAGCAGCGUGAGCGAGACACCGCGAGGGACAGGGAGAAUGAGGAGCUGCGCGCACGCAUCAAGACGCUCGAGACCGGCUGGGAGGCCGUGGUCAAAGCGCUCGCUGCCUCUGGGCUUCCGCUCAGCAUCCCAUCAGCACCUCCGUCCUCUUCCUUGUCAGAUUCCUCGUUGUCCUCGCAGCCAUCGACCUCUGCGUUACCGGUCUUAGUUCCCCAACCAUCCGCCUCUGUCUUCCCUCUCUCCCCCGCACUCUCCCAAGCUCCCAGCCCCCGCUCGAGUACCCCAAUCUACCCUCUUGACUUUGACGACUCUGAGCCCACUCGCCACCUAGCACGGGUGGCGACCACCGAUGCCCCUCUUUUAUCAUCGGUGUCCCUGCAGCGGCUCGAGCUUUCCGGGCCUCCCGCACAUCCCUCUGCGACAUCAAUCCCAUCGGGACAACAAGACCCAUUGUCCGCCGUGGACGAAAUCACCAUGGACAAACUCCUCCGCGAGAUUCUUGCGCCCUCGCCCAUUCUGCCGGCAGCGACUCUUCCUUCUGGUCACGCCGACGCCGUCGGCACGUGGCCGCACUCGCAGCCACUAUCCGAAUCUGAAGGCGCGGACCCCAUUCACCAGGCCAUGUCGCCCGCGACCGCCGGGGCCACGCCGGCGGUGAUCGCAUCAAUACCGGCUGGCGACUGGCCAGGGCAAGCGGAGAUGCAAAGGCUACUGGACAUGGUUCCCGUUGUCCGGCCCGACGCAGGUGCUGCAGUGGACGCCGAUGCCGACAUGACGGACUUCACGUCGGCUCUAGGAUUGGAGCUCAAUGAGUGGGAUUUCACCACGUCAACGGGUCAGGAGAUCGACCAGUCGCAGCUAUCGUAUAUCGCAUAUUCCUUUUCUUUCUUCUCGCGGAUUUUUUCCCUGCUCGCGUUGUUCUCAAUAUCCGCCCUUUCCUUCACUUUCUCGCUAACACCCAUCUAUCGCCGCCGAGAAGAGGACUCGGACGCGCUGUCGCUCCUGGAGCCACCGGACGUAGAACCGUCGCUCUUCCGCGUAAACCACCUCCUGUCGCUCUGCUCGCCGUCGCCCCUCGGCUCUGGAGUCGCACUGAGCGUGGUGGUACCCGAGGUGGAGCUGCCCUCGAGCGGGACGGAGAGGACGGGCAGCGGCCCUGGGACCUCCAUGUCCGGAUGCCGGUUGGGCACGAGCUUCGUCGACAGCGUCUUCACGCUGUCCGCGCGCGCGGGGAGCAGCGGCGCGCUCGUGUCGGCGAUGAAGAACAUCGACGGGAUGGAGAAGCGCGUCGGCGUCGUCAUCGUGCUGUGGGUGGUCGCUGUGCGCUCGCUCGCCGGGUCGCCGCUCUGGGGCGUGCCCGUGCUGGGAGUCAUGCUGGGUAUAAUGGAGGGCAGGUCCAUGGAGCCUCGCAGGAGACGCGCGGCCACGGACGGGGGCGGCCUCGAUCGCGCCGCGCCGUCGGACUUGGGGCGCAUUGGUUCCUUGGCUGGUGUGCUGCUGGUCUCGGGUUGCUUCGGAGGCGGUGGUAGGGGCGGCAGUGACCUUGACGAGGCUUUAGGUGGUUUUGUCGGCACAUGUUUGCCGGGAAUCUGCACGAACAGCCGAGGAUGGGCUGCGGCAGGCCGGCGGCGGCGCUGGUCCUCGCGCGCAUUGGACCCGGGUAUCGCUCUCGUAGGCAUUGAUGCAUCGAGCUGGGGCGAUGCGGGUGUCGCCGCAGGGAAGGACUUGAGCUCGACAAGAUUGUGCUCCUCUGCUAGAGCCGGCUUUUCCUGA